CUUCGCGACACAAAUAAACACUAGAGAAAUCAGGAUCAGGAAAAGAUUUGCUGGAGAACUUUUUAAUUAUUUUUUGGUUCUUCCUUGCCACUAGGUAAGAGUUGUAUGGUUCUGAAUCCCAUCCACUCCCAUUGGGCCUCAGGUGCCCUUUCUCACGGUCCUGCUAACGGCUUUUAAUCCAGGUCCUUGCGUGAUUGACACUGACGAAAUCGUGCAAGUUAUUCUGCAUUGACCGCAAACAUAAUUUAAGCAGAGCUCGUCCUGAAGGAGUGUAGAAUGAAGCUCAAGUCUGUCUGAAUCAUCUCGUAAUUUAUGAGCAAUGUCUUUCCAACUGGGAGGCAUCCUGUCCUCUGGGAAUGCAUCCAGCAUCAUUCCCGAGGAGGAGCAAAUCAUCGCUCUGUUGGAAAGAGGCACUGUGGUCCACAAGUUUUACCACAGAAAACGAAUGGAGAAAAAAACGCUGAUGCUCCGGCGAGAGACGAGGCAAAUUAUCUGGUGCAGGAACAACACCAAUCCGAAAUCCUUUGAAGGGAGUGUAAACCUUUUUGAGGUGAAAGAAAUCCGACCAGGGAAGUGCUCAAAAGAUUUUGAGAAAUGGCCUGAUGACUCGAGACGACAGGAUGCCUCCAAGUGCUUUGUAGUCGUGUAUGGCACUGAGUUCAAGCUCAAAUCCCUGUCCAUAGUUGCAUGGUCUGAGAGAGAAUGCGAGAAUUGGAUCCGUGGGCUGAAAUACAUGAUCACGGACACCACCAAUGCCUCAUACCCUUUGCUGGUAGAAAGGUGGCUCAGGAGAGAAUUCUACGCCAUGGAAAAUGCAAGAGAAAAGAUCACGCUGAAAGAAGUCCGAAGUUUUUUGCCAAGAGUGAAUUGCAAGAUUCCCACGAAACGACUUGGUGAAGUUUUUCAAGAAGUCGACACCAGGUUGCGGCAGGAAUUAGGCUUUGAUGACUUCACCGCUCUCUACUACAAACUUAUGUUCAGCGAUGAAGCGGCGGCCGCUGGUGCAGAAAUAUUUCUGAGGUACAGCACAGAUAAGGUCAUGUCGCUGCAGGACUUUCAGAACUUCAUGGACAUGGAGCAGAAGGACACCAUGGGCAAUGACGAGCGGCUUGUUUCUCAGUUCAUGCGAGACUACCUCCAGGAUCCACUGAGGGACGUCCAGGAGCCGUACUUCACUGAAAAUGAGUUCAUGGAUUUUCUCUACUCGAAGCAAAAUGAUCUUUGGGACAGCACAUUCUCUCCUGUGUAUCAAGACAUGUCUUGCCCGCUCUCUCACUACUGGAUAUCCUCCUCCCACAAUACGUACCUGACGGGCGAUCAGUUCUCUAGCGAAUCGUCCUUGGAAGCGUACGCACGGUGUUUGCGGAUGGGCUGCCGCUGCAUCGAGCUGGACUGCUGGGACGGCCCGGAUGACAUGCCCUUCAUCUACCAUGGGCACACGCUGACGUCCAAAAUUAAAUUUGUCGACGUCAUAAAGACCAUCAAGGAGCACGCGUUUGUCACUUCUGAAUAUCCUGUGAUUCUCUCUAUUGAGGAUAACUGCUCUCUGCCCCAACAACGAAACAUGGCCAGAGCUUUCCAGGAGGUCUUUGGCGACAUGUUGCUCACCCAGCCAGUGGACAGAAAUGAAACUUGCUUGCCGUCUCCGCUCAAGUUGCGAAGGAAAAUAAUUUUAAAGCACAAAAAACUGAAAGAGGGCGAAUUUUGUGUGCGCGAUGACGAAGUUCGAGACAUGGACCUGCGAAACACCGUCAAAAACGGAAUUCUCUUCCUGCAAGACAACGUCGACCGCACUUGGUAUCCACACUUUUUUGUGCUGACCCAAAACUCCCUGAUCUACACAGACAGCUGCAAUCAAGACCAACAGCAAGACAACGAGGAAGAGGAAGAACCUGAGUGUGAAAGUACUAAUCUCGGUGUAAGAGAUGGAAACAACGACGAACUUCAUUUUAGUGAAAAGUGGUUCCACGGUAGACUACCAGAUGGAAGAAGGGAAGCUGAAGAGCUGCUGAAAACGUACUCGCAUUUGGGAGAUGGAACUUUCCUUGUUCGCAACAGCCACAUCUUUGUUGGGGACUAUUCACUGUCCUUUUGGAGGCAAGGAAAGGUGUACCACUGUCACAUCAAAUCGAGGCAAGACCGGGGCCAAACGAAAUACUACCUCCACGACACAGUCGGUUUCGAUAGUCUGUACAGUCUGAUUACCUACUAUAAAAACAAUUCACUGAGAAGCCAGGAGUUCCUGAUCACGCUCAAGGAGCCCGUGCCGCAACCCAACAAGCACGAGGGCAUGCCUUGGUUCGCCAGGCGUUGCAACAAACAGCGCGCGGAAACGCUCCUCAGGAGAGUUCCGCAAGACGGCGCCUUCUUGGUCAGACCCAGCGACCAGGACGCCAACUCAUUCACAAUCUCGUUCCGAGCCGACAGGAGGAUCAAACACUGCAGGAUCAAGGUUGACGGCCGUCUCUACUCCAUCGGGGCAGCCCAGUUUGAAAGCCUGGUCGAACUGGUCUCUUUCUACGAACGCACGCCUCUGUACCACAGGGUCAAGCUCAUCCACCCCGUCAACGAAUCUACCGUCGGCAAUAACCAAAACAUGGUAGAGGAGGAUGACACCGGAGCGAGCGCCGGCUACACGGACCCGUCCGUCUUCACCUCGACGUUGACUGUGAUGGCGAGGUACGACUAUCAGGCGCAGAUGUCAGACGAACUGUCGUUCCCAACAGGCGCCAUUAUCCAGAACGUGACCAUGGAACAGGGCGGAUGGUGGCGUGGCGACUACGGCGGCAGACAUCAGCAAAUGUUUCCCAGCAAUUACGUCGUUGAGGUUGACAAUAAUUCUAGCAGCACCGCGGCGUCGGUCGACGAUCAAAAUGAGACCUCGGACUCAAUGCUGCUGGGAAACCUGCAAAAGGGCGCAAUCAACCUGACUGGGGUGGUGGUCGAGCUAGAAAACAACUCAUCCAGCAUUCCCGGCCAUGAGUGGCAGCUGAAAAUCACCAACUCGAGGAUGACCUUGCCUUUUGUGGUCGCCGCCCCCACGAGAGAGGUGGCGCUGGAAUGGGGCAGUUGCAUUCGAGACACGGCUGCCAGGGCCAACGACCGCGACAUCAGGCAGCGGGAGCAGGAGAGGAGCAUGCGGGUGGCUGUUGAAAUCUCCAGCCUCAUCAUCUACUGCAAGUCGGUCGCAUUUGACAAGGAAAAAUUCCAGGCCGGCUUCGACUUCACUGAGAUGUCAUCGUUCCCUGAGAAUAAGGCUGAGAAAAUCAUGUGUUCCAAUGAAAUGAAGUUCUUUCUUAAAUACCACCAGCACCAAAUUAGCCGUGUUUACCCCAAAGGACAAAGACUGGACUCCUCCAACUACAAUCCCGUGCCCAUGUGGAACAUUGGCUCGCAGAUGGUGGCCCUCAAUUUCCAGACUGGAGACAAGUGUAUGCAAUUGAACCAAGCAAAAUUCCGGGCCAACGGAAACUGCGGCUACUUGCUCAAGCCUGAAUUUAUGGUUAGAGAUGAAUACGAUCCUUACGACAAGGCGUGCAUGGCGGGAAACACCUUCAUGCAGGUCAAACUAAAGGUAAUUGGUGCCAGGCACCUGAGCCGGCAGAAGAAAGGAAUUAUUAGUCCAUUUGUCGAGGUUGAAGUGAUCGGUCUUGAUUACGACUCUGGCGUGAAGCUGAGGACCAAAGCUAUUUCUGACAACGGUUUCAAUCCUGUGUGGAACGAAACGACCCAGUUUGAGGUCGUGUGCCCGCAACUAGCUUUCCUGCGGUUCGUUGUAUAUGAUGAGGAUGUUUUCGGAGACUCGAAUUUUGUUUGCCAUGGCACGUACAGUAUCAUGGCCAUUCGCACUGGAUACAGGAGCAUCGCUCUCAAGAACAAUUUCAGCGAGGACCUUGAACUUGCCUCACUCUUGGUCCACAUGGAGAUUAGAAACUAUCGAGUGCAAGAGUUUGAAAACACCAACAUCCGUGGCAUCCCGAACGCUAUCAACAUCACCGUGAAUGGCACGCCGACCAUGGGCGAUUUCACCGAUUUCAAUUCCUCUCGAGCCUGACAAGUCACUUUUUGAUCUGCAAAACUGCAUUUUAUAGUCACUGCACCUCUUACCUUCCUGUGACUUUGAAACUCUUUCUUCCACUACUCGAUAAGCAAUUCAUUACAACUUAUCUGCGCUAAACACCGAUUUUACUAGCUUGUACGUUGCAUGAUGAGUGUUAUUUAGUUUUAGCAACAAGCCUUUUCUUUCUAAACGCGACAAUAUUAUCACAAGUUUUGAGUGGAAAACGGGGCUCAAAGCUCCCGAUUUAUGUGCCUUGGCAGAGGACGUUCUGCCAAAUUCCUUCCGAUGCUGUGAAUUUGGAAAUAUAUCAGUGCAAUAUCAAACUUAAAAUAAUAUUUUUAAAAACGGAUGUGAGAGAAUUUGAUCAUUUUGGAAUGUAACCCACUGCUAAGCUUAAGUGAAAAUAUUCCACCGAACAAACCUGUAGUUAUGGGAAAUUUUGCAUUUAUGUUAUCAACGAAUCUUCUUGACAAAAUGCACAAUGAGUUGUGAGACGGAACUUAUAUCUUUUGCUCUAGGCUUAAAAUUUUAUAUUUACGUAUUUACCUGCAUGACACUGUUCAUAUGAAAACGAUCGCAUUUCUGGUUGAAGAGUAAGCAUUAUUUACAUCAGAACACAUUAAAAAUGCUUGUUACAUUAUAAUUAA